AUGCAUUUGUCAAGAUACUUGCUAAGAAAAUCUCUACCAAUUUCCUCUUAGUUCUAAACAGCACAGCAAGUGGUAGCUCAAAGACUAUUCAGUGGUUAAGCUGUAUCACCAAAGCUUGUAAAGCAGUUGAGAGAACUCACCGGAAGUCCGUUGAAGGAUUGCAUGAAGACUUUGGAUGAGACUAAGGGAGAUAUUGAAUAAGCUAAGGAGUUGUUGAGAAAAAGAGGAUUAGCAGACGCAGAUAAGAAAGUAGGAAGAGCAACUGCUGAAGGUUAUGUAGGAAUGAGACUAGACAGAUAGAGCAGAUUGUUGACUAUGGUUGAAUUGCAUUGCGAGACUGAUUUUGUUGCUAAGACAGAGAAAUUCAAGGAGGGACUAGACAGAGUGAUUGAGACUCUUCACAAGCAAGGGAAUGCUCUUCAGUUUGGACAAACAGAUAUGAGCAACCAAGACAGAAUAAAUCAGAUAGCUAGAGAGCUCAAACUUAGCAAACCUCUUGACUCAGAUCUUCAAUCCUAAACCUUAGAAGAUGGCAUCAAAUACAUAAUUAGCAAGACUCAGGAAAAUUGCAAAUUAGCUAAGAUCUAUUAAAGAACAUGGAAUCCAGAGGAAGGUCAAAUUAUGCACUCUUAUAUCCAUAAUCCUCAGCAAAUCAAUAGUAUGCUGUUUGGAAAGCUAGGAACAGCCAUUCUAAUGCAAACCAAUGACAAGAAACACAACGGAGAAAUUUAGGAUUUGGCAGAGUCGUUAGCUCUGCACAUCGCAGCAAUGAAGCCAACCUACUUGAAUAAAAAGGAGGUGCCAGAAGAUUUAAAGAAGAAGUUGAAGGAGGAGGGACCCAAGGAUUAAGCACUUUGGAAGAUGUAUAACAGAGAUGUGCUAAUGGAGCAAGAAUUAGCUACUACUGAGGAAAGUAUCAAGGUUAAAACGUUGAUGAGAUAGAGAGAAUCUGAAAUAUUCACCCCUAUUCUUAUUAAAGAGUGGGCUUUCUUCAAUAUUGGAGCUUGA